ACUUCGUAACCCACAAAUAAGAGUGCGAAAUAAGCUAACAUUUAACAGUGAUUCCUGAAUAAGCCCUCAGUUAGUGAACAAGUGCUUUCGUCAUUCAAGUGUUUUCAGUCAGUGCUUUAGGAGUUCUUCAAUUUAAUUUUACAUUUUCAAUCGUUACGGUAAUCGGAAAUUAUAUUGCCAAAUGAAUAUGGACUUGCCCAAAGGAGCUACAUCAAUGCACUGUUCAUGGAUGUCUUUUUAACUGGUUUUCCCAAAAAGCUUUUGGUAGCUGUAUCCGUAGUCAUACUGAUAGCCAUGUGUGUGACGCCGGUCGACGCUCGUUCAGUUGAACACAGGCGGCGGCACCAAAGACGACCAGACAGCAUGGCCGAAAUCACCAAAGACGACACGCUGAAACGACCAAAAAACUCAAAUACUGAACAAUACAGAAACGCGACAAGGAAAAUCAAACAUAAAUUACGUAACACAAAAAGGUUCUUUGACCAAGAUCGGAAGCGUUUAAAUGAAACUAGAGAGUACAGGGACGGAAUGCCCGGUUGGUUGCCAGCGGUCAACUUCGUCGACAUCCACUUCCACGAUUAUAGAACCCCGAGGAAAAAUGGAAAAACAAUCUCUGAACGAAAGUUCACAUACCUUAUGCCGAAGCUGUACAAAACUCUCAAGGAAUACGAAGUUUUAUUCAAGCGUCUUGACAAUGUGCAGCUGGAAUCGUGGGAUCAUUCGUUCACAAACUACAUUAUUGUCCGACAGAACCUGCUCUCGAAUACAUUGGCGAAAUUAUUUAGCACCAUCGCCGAAAUACAAGAGAACAUGGUCGCAGUGAAGAUGCAGAUACCUCCUUUCGACGAAAGUCGCAUGAAACUUGAAACUUUAAAGACUAAAGUUGACGCGACGCAGUGCCUUAAAAACGACUACAUAGCUUUCAGAGGUUACGGCAACCUUCUUAACAAUUGGUAUUCAGAAUUUAGGUGUCCACUCAACAAGAAGGCGGAUAAGAAAUGCGCAGCGUUCCACGCGAAAAUGAAGGAAAAACUCGGCAACAAACGGUUUAAAAACAAUAGGAACGUAUCUUUAACAAGCUGAGUUUCCUAGUUUGUAAUGUAAAACUAUUUAUUUCCAUUUCCAUUUGUCGCUGGUCCGUACUUAUUUAUUGUUAGACUAAGAAUAAGCUCUCUAAUACGUGAGACGUUGGUUAUUAUGAAAUAGUUGACGAUACGUUAAGUUGAUUAAGUAAUGGGUACUUUCUCUGUGAUAUUUAGUAUUUUUAGUUGAUAGAUAUUAAUUUAUUGAAUGUAUUUAAUAAGUUCCUCUGCACAUCCAUUUGUACUUAAGCUCUUGAAAAUUUUACUAUCCCUGUGUAAAUAUUUGUUUUUGUAUCUGUCCUAUAAUUUAUUUUCUCUUAUGUUUAAUAUUUAUUUUGAUCUAUUUUAGAAUGAUUUUAAUUUUUUCUUAAGCUCAAUAAGUAUUACUAGCGGGCAAUUGUUGCCGUUUUAGGAAAGAAAGACUUCUAGCCUAUUAGUUAAGGUGCUUAUUUAUGUUACUUAGAUUAAGGAAAAUAUGCCGUUAGUUUGUAAUAAACGAACUGAUACCACGUGAAUUUCACCGACAUUGUGUACAUAGCUUUACAAUAUUUGUAAUUUUGUUACUGCAAAU